UUUUUAUAGCAGCUCUCUUUGGUCACACUAAUGCAUUGGCAAUUUUGGCGCUAAAACCUGCGAUUUUAUUAAUUGUUUUUGUUCUUAUAUGUGUUUAUAUUGUUGGGCCUAAUCAUGGGCAUUACCGGCCUAAUACCCUUCGUGGGCAAGGCCUCCUCGCAGCUGCAUCUAAAGGAUAUUCGCGGUAGCACAGUGGCCGUGGACACAUAUUGCUGGCUGCACAAGGGAGUUUUCGGCUGUGCAGAGAAGUUGGCCCGCGGAGAAGAUACGGAUAUAUAUAUCCAGUACUGCCUGAAGUAUGUAAACAUGCUCCUCUCCUACGAUAUCAAGCCCAUCCUGGUCUUCGACGGGCAGCACUUGCCUGCCAAGGCAUUGACCGAAAAGCGGAGAAGAGUUUCCAGGAAGCAGAGCAAGGAACGGGCGGCGGAACUCCUGCGAUUGGGUCGCAUCGAGGAGGCCCGAUCCCAUAUGCGACGUUGCGUGGACGUCACCCACGACAUGGCGUUGCGCUUAAUUCGGGAAUGCCGAAGCCGGAAUGUUGACUGCAUUGUGGCGCCCUACGAGGCUGAUGCCCAAAUGGCCUGGCUAAAUAAAGUAGAUGUGGCCCAGUACAUUAUCACCGAGGACUCGGACUUGACGCUGUUUGGGGCCAAGAACAUCAUAUUCAAGCUGGACCUAAAUGGCAGCGGCCUGCUGGUGGAGGCGGAAAAACUUCACCUGGCUAUGGGCUGCAAGGAGGAGAAGUAUCAUUUCGACAAGUUCCGGCGCAUGUGCAUCCUAUCCGGCUGUGAUUACCUGGACUCACUGCCUGGCAUUGGACUGGCCAAGGCAUGCAAAUUUAUACUCAAAACGGAACAGGAAGAUAUGCGAAUAGCAUUAAAAAAGAUUCCUAGUUACCUCAAUAUGCGCAAUCUUGAAGUAGAUGACGACUAUAUUGAGAACUUCAUGAAAGCGGAGGCCACCUUCAAGCACAUGUUCAUCUACAACCCCCUAGAGCGCCGCAUGCAGCGGUUGUGUGCCCUGGAAGAUUAUGAAACUGAUGAACGCUACUGCAGCAAUGCUGGCACCUUGUUGGAGGAUAGCGAGCAGGCCUUGCACUUGGCCCUGGGCAACUUGAACCCCUUCUCAAUGAAGCGUCUGGACUCUUGGACACCGGAAAAGGCAUGGCCAACGCCGAAGAACGUUAAACGCUCCAAGCACAAAAGCAUUUGGCAAACGAAUUUCCAAAGCGAAAACACUACCACGCCGAAGAAAGAAAAUUCGUGUGCCUUGUUCUUCAAAAAAGUGGAUUUUGUAAGCAAAACUGUAAACGAGGAAAUUGAGGCUAAUCAGCGAUUGGAACAGGCAAAACAAACGGAAGCCCAGUUGUUUACCAUGUAUAGUUUUAAAGCCAAAAGAAGGAGAAGUCCGAGCCGGAGUGACUCCGUAGAUCAAGAACGUACGCCUCCUCCGUCGCCGGUGCACAAAAGUCGCCACAAUCCAUUUGCCAAGGAAAGGACUAUAGAAGACUGUAAUCAGCGAUCUCCGGUGGUUUGCGAGAAUGCCUCUUUGCUGCGUUUGCUCAGUCCCAAGAAGGCAAGUCCGCUGGGUGGAGAAGCUGAUGUAAAGAAGGUUGAUUCUCUUAAAAGAAGCAUAUUCGCCAAGGAACAAGUUCAGGUUCGAAGUCGCUUCUUCGCCUCUCAGGAUGAACAGACAAGGCAUCAAAAGGAGCAUUUAAAUGAUACGGAAAAGGACAAUUUAGACGAGCAGAAGCUGGGCUCUUGCUCAGGUCAUAAGAAACUUAGACUAGAGAGGAAAGACUUUCCAUUAGACAACCAAAUAAGACAACGUUGUAACUCACAAAAGAGUGACGGUGAAACAGAUACAGAUACCACAGCAUCUUCACUUUUGGAAUCACAGGAACAGUGUGUCCCUUCGCCUUUAGGAUCUCAAGAAGAGCAAAACCAGUCUCAACCGCAAACACCAACUAAGAGCAAUACAAAAUCCACAACUAUUCGCCUUAAGUCCCUAGAUUUACUUUUGGAAAACUCUCAGGAUCCCACCGAAUUCGACAGGAACAAUAAUGAUGCAGUCAUUCUGCUAUCCGACGACAGCUGUAGUUCAGAGCAAAGAGCAUCAUCUACCUCUACCUCAUCCACCCUGCAACGCCAGAACUCACUGCCGACCAGCAAACGAAGAGUAGGACUGAGUAAACCCUCCACUGCCAAGAAAGGCACUCCUAAAUCCAAGACAAAUGGAAAACUGGGUGCUGUGAGCCAGAAUCAAACCAAGCUCAGCAUGUUUGGCUUCCAGAAGAAACCAAUGCUGAAAUAGACGGCUCCUCUAGACUGUAACCUUUUUGUUCUGUAGAUUAAUCUAAUUUAUUAAAGUGAAUACCUGAACUGACUACAUCAGUGCUGAAUGCCAUGAAUCCAUCAAGAUAACAAUUGCGAUGCUGGCAAGGCGACUGUCGACUGCGUCACACUUAACUGCCACGACUAACAACUUUAAUUAAACGAGGUAUUAAUAGAUGCCACCG